CUUGACAUGAGUGCGGGAGGGGGUGGGGUCGCCAUGACCGGGCUGGCGGUGUGUUUCGGGACAGUGAACUCCAUCAAAGCUCUUUGGGAGACCAGGAUAAAGAAAUGCAAAGAGGACUUGGAGAAGCAGACAGAGCUGAAGGAGAAGGUGGCUGUGGGCAGGCUGAAACAUGCCUGGGAGGACCGGAUCACCUUGGCCAAGCUGAAGGAGAAGGUGGUGACAGAGGAUGGGAGAGUCAUUUUAAGGAUAGAAAGAGAGGAAUGGAAGACCCUCCCACCGGUGCUCGUGCAGCUCUGUCAGGUCCAGGAGUGGCAGCUGCACCGGACAGGCCUGCAGAAGAUCCCACACUUCAUUGCCAGCUUUGAGAAUCUCAUAGUGCUCGACUUGUCCCGCAACGCCAUCUCAGAGAUUCCCAAGGAGAUUGGUAAGCUGACCAGGCUGAGAGAGCUGCUCAUGAGCUACAACCGGGUGAACAGCAUUCCCGAGGAGCUGUGCUGCUGUGAGAAUCUGGAGAAGCUUGAGCUGGCAGUCAACAGGGACCUGGACGAGUUGCCUGCGCAGCUGAGCAAACUGAAGAAGCUCUAUCACUUGGAUCUCUCUAUGAACCAGUUCACCACGAUCCCUGAGUGUGUGGUUGAUCUUCCUGCCCUGGAGUGGCUGGACAUGGGUGGAAACAUGCUGCAGUACCUACCACAUGACAUCCACAGGUGGCCAGCAGCAUUAAGGGAGCUGAGCCCUCAGCUGGAGCGAAGUGACACUGACUGUUUACAUUCUGCCUACACCAGAAUGGAGAAGCUGCACACACUGUGGCUUCAGAGGAACGAGCUUGAGCACCUGCCCGACAACAUCAGCCGUAUACCCAACCUGGAAACGCUGGUGCUCAGCAGCAACAAACUGCGUGACAUUCCUGCCUUGAUGGAGGGAAUGAGCAACCUCAGAUUUGUCAACUUUAGAGACAACCCUCUGACGUUAGAUGUGUCACUUGCCAAACCGGACACGUCCGAAGAAGACGAAGAGGAAGAUGACAGAGAGAUGUUUGGAAUAGAGUUCAUGCACGCCUACAUCCAGGAAGCUCGACAAAGAGGUUAUGCUGUGCUUAAUGUUCAUUGUGUGCAUCGGAGGUAGAAACAUACACCUUUUACAUGACGAAAACUGUUUUGCUUUAGAAUUUUAAACUCAUUCUGUUAAAUUAUUUUUCCCCCCCAGAGUCCCAGCCAAAUUACACUUCAGUACUAAAUGUGACCAUCGAGGCAGGACCAGAGAUAACAUCAACACAAUGAUAUUG